AUGUGCUUAGCUGUUGGAUCCGCAGUAGUCCACAGCUUUGUAGACGCUGGUUAUGAGCGGAUUAUUGUUUGCGACGACUCGCUCGCCGCUAUGGAAAGUUUGAAAAUUCCGGGUUUGAAAGGCUCCAUCCAGAUUCAUAGUUUACGACUUGAUCACGAUGAUGAUGAGAACUGGGAAAGAACCAUCUUGGCUGCCAGUAAUGUAUUCGGCGAUAUUAACGAUUGUGUGAAUUGCUCAGAAGUCAUCCCAGCGAUAGCGUUGUCAAAGCCAACAACUGAUCUCGAGCCAACUGAUUUCAAAGGUGGUCUACAAGACUCAAGAGCAUUGUGGCUGUGUUGUCGAGCUCAACUUCGCUACUCUCAAUCGCAGCCUGCGAACCCAGGAGCCCGGACCAUUGUAAAUAUCAUCCCUUAUAGCAACCUAGGUACACAUCCUGCCCAUGCAAUACUUGCAGCUUCUACUUAUGGUAGAGUUGGCAUGACGAAGACAUUUGAAAAGGACUGCAAUGGUUCAUACAUUCGAGUAAAUGCGGUAUGUCCUGCAUUGACUGUGAGUCAAACUGGCAAUGCCCCGAUACUUGAACAGCACCUCUGA